ACCGGCCACCGUAGUACAAACCCACGUGGCUAAACAAAACGUAAUGGCGGCUGGGUUUAAGACUGCGGAGCCUCUGGAGUAUCACAGAAGCUUUCUGAAAGAAAACUGUCGACCUGAUGGACGGGAACUGUCUGAAUUCAGAACCACAACACUGAACAUUGGAUCCAUAUCCACAGCAGAUGGUUCGGCUCUGGUGAAGAUGGGAAACACGACGAUUAUCUGCGGAAUCAAAGCGGAGCUGGCUAACCCUACAGCAGAGGCCCCUGGUAAAGGUUACAUUGUGCCCAACGUGGACUUGCCGCCUCUGUGUUCGUCCCGUUUUCGGCCGGGUCCACCAGGAGAACAGGCCCAGGCUGCCAGCCAGUUUAUUGCUGAUGUUAUUGAAAGCUCUGAGGUGAUCAAAACAGAGGACUUGUGCAUUGAUAGAGGAAAGCUCUGUUGGGUGCUCUACUGUGACAUCAUGUGUCUCGACUAUGAUGGGAAUAUUCUGGAUGCUUGUAUAAUCGCUCUGCUGGCUGCCCUGAAGAACACUCAGCUCCCAGAAGUCGUCGUAAACAAAGAGACAUCUUCACCAGAGGUGGAUUUGGAAAAGCGACAAAGGCUUCAUAUCCACAAACAUCCAGUUGGAGCCUCUUUUUGUGUCUUUGAUGACUCCAUACUGAUCGUAGACCCCACAGCUGAGGAGGAGAGUCUGUCUACAGCACAUCUCACUGUGGUCACAGACGAGGAGGAUCGUCUCUGCUCUGUACACAAACCAGGUGGAACUCCCAUGUCUGGAGAGAAGCUGCAAGAGUGCAUCAACCGAGCAACAACCCGACAGAGAGAGAUCCACAAACUCAUUGACAAGGUUCUAGACAGCGUAAAGACGUCGGAGUAAAAAAGUCAAGACAAUGUUUUUUUUUUAUCUAAAAGAUGUAUUUUCCACUGUCAAUAUAUAUUCUUUUAAUAACAAUAAAACAGAUGACAAAGA